AUGUGCCCCCUCCCCUGCCCCUACUGCCAGUCCCCUGGAAGCCCACUGUGCAGCAGCCCUGGGGGCCUGGGUUGGUGGGGGAGGGAGAGACAGAAAAAUAAGGACUUUGCUGUAAGACGGUGUGGGGAGGCGGCCUCUAGAGGGCCAUGGGGCAGCGCCAGGGGCCGGGGUGUGAUGGCUUCACGGGCGCCCCCCGGGGUGUGCAGCAGAGGUCUGAGAUGGAACAAGGCCCAGGGGGAUGCCCACGCCUGUCACACGCUCGUCCAGAACAGGAACGCAGGGUUACCGGACUCCCCAUGUGCGGCCAUCCCCAGCCGCUGGCCCCCGCCCCGCCCCCCACAGCUGGACCACUGA